UGGAGUUGCGAUUCACCUUAUUUCCGUCUAAAUUACAGUAUCAAGCCAGCAAUACAACCCCCACGGUAGAGGUUCGGGCAUCUCUACUAAUUCCCCCAGCUGUGUAGGUGUGCGGGUUGUACGUCACUCGGUCGGUGGAGUGUUCUGAUGGCACCCAAGGAAAGAGACAUGCCUCACGCGAGUCCCGACAUGGCUCUAGUGACUUGUUUUGGGGAUGACGCUUGCCCAAGGCUGUGAAGGUUCUACCGAUGUUGUGAACGUCAGAACCCGGCCUCGAAAGCUGAGACGGACAGAGCCUUGGUCGAGCGAGGGCUUCCCAUCAUUGGUCCUGUAUGGAACUGCUUCCCACAACGCAUCCAAGCAGGAGCAUCUGGGAAUGGUUUCGAUCAUGGGUUCAACCCUGGUGCAACAAUUCGGCACUCCAGCAUCCGUUGUCAAGAAAUGGCAUGCUUGCGUCGUCGAGGGUUACUCCACAACUAGCCAUCCGAUGCUCGAUCGAAACGUGGUGAGGAAGAGGCUUCUAGAGUGAUUGGAUCAGUCUCUCAGGCGGAGGAUCUCGGUCAGAAACUCUUCAAAACUCAAGGUCACGUAUCCAUCACGGUCAUCAUCAUAUUUUUUGAACACAUCCGUCAUACGUUUCAGACUGAUGCAGGCUUGCACAAACAGGUCAAAGUUCAUGCCUUGACCUUGCGUAGGACUUCGGUCGUUGAAAGUGUUGUAUAAGACUCCGACGAACGGCUGUGACAGGCGAUAGCCAAACUCUUUCAUUGCAGUGGAGAAUUCGGCCAACGAUACUCGGCCGCUGCGGUCUGAGUCAAACCUUUCGAACAGUUCGCGCCACUUGGCAAGAAACGCCCACAAGCUUUCAAAUUCAACAAAGGUGAUGGUGGGGCCUUGGGGGUGUCCUGGCGGAGAGGAGGUAAACAUGCGCAUCAAGGAAGUGAUUGUGCGUCCGUCAAAGGGAGUGAAGUCGGCGUUGUACAAGGCAGAACCGAGCUCGGAGGUGGUCAGCGAGCCAGUGCCUGAGGCAUUGGCCGCUCGAAACAGAGGCACAAGGUCGACUGAAUCUGGGUCGAGGGGGCGCGAUGCUGGUGGAGGUGGGGGAUGGCCGUGCUCGUUAGAGGGACGACGGCCAGCGAACGAGUCGUUCGGUGGACGGGAGCCAUAGUUGUAGCUUGGGGUGCCAGGCGACCCCGAUGUCAAACGGUUAUAUUGACCAUCGCCAUAUGACUGGUUUGGGCUUGGUCGUUGUUGAUGGUAUGUCUGAGGGAGAGGAGGUCGAUAUGAGGAUUGUGGCGGGGGCACGAUCCCUGCAGGAGAUGGUCUUCGGCCAGUGUUCGCCUGCGUCUGAGGAGGACUUUGUUGCUGUCGUCGAUUACCAUCGAGCUGGCUGAGAGCUUGUGCAGCCUGCUCCGGUUCUGCGUGACUAUGAUCAAGGUGUUGUUAGCUGCGGGGGAUCACAUGGGAGAUGCUGUUGGAACAUGGAAGGCUAAGUAGCGGGGUUGAUGACAUACGCAGGGAGGGCGUCAGGAUUGAAAGCCUUGUUGUAAGCCAUUAGGAAUAUGAGAGAAUGGGCAAAGGGCGUGAAUCAGAAGAAUAUGUAGAAGCAAGAGAUGGUGGAUUUAUGGACAAGUCAUGGC